AUGACACAUUUGGCUUUGUUAAGUGACAGUGACCCUAUGACAUUUAAAGAAGCAGUAAAGUCUGAGAAAUGGAGGUAUAUCAUGGAUCAAGAAAUGCAAGCCAUAGAGAGGAAUGAUACAUGGGAACUCACGAUGCUGCCAUUAGGAGAAAAAACCAUAAGAGUGAAGUGGGUCUUUAAAACUAAGUUAAAUGAAAAUAGGGAAGUAAACAAGUACAAGGCAAGGUUAGUUGCUAAGGGGUACUGUCAGCAAUAUGAAAUUGAUUAUGCUGAAGUAUUCGUACCAGUGGCUCGCUGGGACACCAUUCAAAUUGUCAUAUCUCUUGCUGCACAGAAAAAUUAG